GACCGCGUAACACGCCAAAGCCAAAAAAGACGAACAAGAGAAAAAACCAGACCAGACGCCAAAGACCACAGAGAACGAGCAGUAGGAAAAUUAAUUCCUACAGGACGACAGAAUACAGAGUCAAAGUCUCUUUUACGAAUUAUUUGCUGAAUUCUCCUCACUGCAAUUUCUACAUUUUACCCUCGUGUGCUUUACGCCAGACAGCCACCCACCACUACGAGAACGCACAUCCACUGUCAUCGAUCCCGACCGGCCGAACAAAAACGCACGCAUAUAUUGCCAACAGCCCAACCGCUUUGCUCCUUUGCUUCCACUUUGCUCUUCCGCGUUCCUAGAACGCCCUCGCAUGACAUCGGAUAGCCACGGCGGGAUCUCCAUCCUCGUCCCUCCCGCCAGAAUGUCCCCCGCUGCCGCUGUAGACACGCCUGCGUCCUCGGCCUCGUCCGCGCGGCUCGAUACCGUGCCCGCCACGCCACCUAUCCCGGCCUCCGAAGGUCGCGUGUCGCCCGGUGCGGCCGGUAAGGCGAAUGCCACGGAGUAUAGGAGGACCGGAAUGGAUGCAGUAGCAGACUCCCAGGACACCAUCUCUAGCACCGUGCCCAAUUCGCAAGAAGACUCUGCAAAUGGCGUCGUGCCGUUGCAACCAGAGACUGUGUUGCAGGCGUCUGCUGCUGUGGCCGCCUCUGCGUCUAGAAAGAGAAUGGCCGACGGCGAGGUGAAGGAUAGAACCCGAAGCACAAGCCCUGUCAAGGGCCAUACUCGCACAAUGAGUGCUAUGAGCACCACCUCUUCCGGAAGCCAUAUCGGCGACAUGUCAGCAGAGUUGAAGACGAGACUAACAUAUGCCAUGGUCAAGGUAAACCAUGGCUGGCAGUCGCGGUCUAUCCAAGAGGUCGAAUCGCUUGCUUCCCAGGCGGCGUCGCCAGCCUCUAGUAAUUCUACGCUCCAUAGACCGAUGGGAUCAUCAGCGAGCCCAAACCUGCCUCCCACGCCACCCACACAGGUCAAUUUUGGCCCAGAUCGCAUCAUUCCUCCGCGGUCCAUGUCACCACCAGAUGCGACGAAGCCAAAGCUCGCUCCUCCCGCUCCCAUCCAGCCUGCCACCAAGACAAACUCUCGUCGCACAGCUCAUUCUCGAAAUACCCCGGCGCUACCAGCGCACGCCUCCGCAUCAGCCAUCCACUCUAAUACUCGCACAACCCCCAAGAGCUUCCCAAAUCACAUUUCAUCCUCUCAGUCGAGCCAUUCUGGCGGUCAAACCUACUCUCCCCACCAACAUGUGCGAGAACAAGAUGCCAUUGAAACAUUGUUAUUCAUGAGCAGCCCUGGCAACUCGGCAAACAUGAAGAGCACGUUUUCCCCAUCAGCAUCGCCGGUUCCGCAGGUCGAUGUUGUGCGAGCAUUUGAGUCGAAAAGCUCUAUAUCGGAUAGCAGCUCCUCUGAAAGGCGACCUUUACCAGUACAUCGACCUGGUCAAUCCAGCAAGAGAGUUGGUUUUGAAAAGUCACCGCUGAUGGGCCCGCCACAUUCACCCAUGGACGUGGAUUCACCGCAACAGUUUGUCUCGCCACGCCGAUGGACGCCCCGAGCAAGAGCCAACGGAGCAACUGGACAUAUGCGUGCGGCCCUGUCUCUACCGAGUGGCCUUGGUGCCGGUGCGAGCAAGGUGCGCCAAACAGUGAGGGAUGAGGAUAUCGAACGUAUGCUAGAUCGGGCAGCAGACGACAGCUCUGACGACGAAGAAAUCCAGAUACCUGGCCGUCCUAGCGCCAUUACCAGCGCAAUGGGGGGGUAAUGUGCACCCUACGAGACGAUAUCCUUUUCUUGCUUUACGAUUUGAUAGCAUCGGCUUCGCUGUUUGGCUCUGCGCAUUGGCAUCUUGUUUUACUUGAAUCAUGAUUCCCCCCAAUUGGCGGCCACAAAAUUUUAUUGUAUUUAAUGUAGUUGGCAUAGCGGCACAGUUUAGCCUGCAUGAGCAUAGGAACGAAGCUUCUUUUUGGCAUAUUGGUAUAUAUAUCCAUGAGGUUGUUGGAUGGCAUGUACAACUUGGUUUUUUCUUUUGGUGUAAAUGAGAUAGGAGGGUUGGCAGGAUAUGAACGGACAGGCGGCGUUGGGCGAAAUCGCCCGUAAAGAUCGCCGUGUAUGCAUGAUCUCUAAUGGCGUUUGAUUUUGAAUAUAAUCUGGAUGAUUUCACAGAC